AUGGGUUGCGGAAUGAGCACGGAGGAGAAGGAGGGCAAGGCCCGCAACGAGGAGAUUGAGAACCAGCUCAAGCGCGACAAGAUGAUGCAGCGCAACGAGAUCAAGAUGUUGCUUCUCGGUGCUGGUGAAUCCGGAAAGUCCACUAUCCUGAAGCAGAUGAAGCUCAUCCACGAGGGUGGUUACUCACGCGACGAGCGUGAGUCCUUCAAGGAGAUCAUCUUCAGCAACACUGUCCAGUCUAUGCGUGUCAUCCUCGAGGCCAUGGAGUCUCUCGAGCUGCCUCUCGAGGACCAGCGUAUGGAGUACCACGUCCAGACCAUCUUCAUGCAGCCUGCUCAGAUUGAGGGCGAUGUUCUCCCCCCGGAGGUCGGCAACGCCAUCGAGGCUCUAUGGAAGGACCACGGCGUCCAGCAGUGCUUCAAGCGCUCGCGCGAGUACCAGCUCAACGACUCUGCCAGAUACUACUUCGACAACAUCGCCCGUAUCGCUGCGCCUGACUACAUGCCCAAUGACCAGGACGUACUCCGCUCCCGUGUCAAGACUACUGGUAUCACAGAAACCACCUUCAUCAUUGGCGACCUCACCUACCGCAUGUUCGAUGUUGGUGGCCAGCGUUCCGAGAGAAAGAAGUGGAUUCACUGCUUCGAGAACGUCACUACCAUCCUCUUCCUGGUUGCCAUCUCUGAGUACGAUCAGCUUCUGUUUGAAGAUGAGACGGUCAACCGCAUGCAGGAGGCUCUUACCUUGUUCGACUCGAUCUGCAACUCGAGGUGGUUCAUCAAGACCUCGAUUAUUCUGUUCCUCAACAAGAUCGAUCGCUUCAAGGAGAAGCUCCCCGUCAGCCCCAUGAAGAACUACUUCCCCGACUACGAGGGCGGUGAUGACUAUGCGGCCGCCUGCGACUACAUCCUGAACAGAUUCGUCAGUCUCAACCAGCACGAGACGAAACAGAUCUACACACAUUUCACAUGUGCCACUGAUACGACACAAAUCCGCUUCGUCAUGGCGGCUGUAAACGAUAUCAUCAUUCAGGAGAACCUCCGCCUGUGCGGUCUUAUCUGA